UAGAGGUAGACGAGGCAGAUACUUUAUCGCCACUGAUGCCCAUUAUCUACCUCAGCCCCGACAACGGACUGGUUUCUAGAACGAGUUCUGCCAAUCAACACUGCGGUCUACUUACUUCAUAUAAGCUUUGCGGAAGACAGUUCCAAGACAUAGAUCUAACUAUUCCAACCGCUAAUCACAUCACAUGCAGAGAGGGGGGAGCAAACAGAGAAAGCGCCCCGCUGUCGAAGGAAGACCUACUAAACCGAUCUCUUUUCGAAUUUAUAAGCAAGACUUCGCCGCCUAAGCGUGAGAUUAAUCUAUUUACAUUCGGAGCCUCUGGGGCCGUCGCCCUCUUUUCUACUUAGGCACACAAUAAUUGUCUGGACAGAGUCGCCCGCAUCUUCUAGAAUACGAAACCGCGGGCGCAUAGUGAUUAUGGCACCGUCUCUUGACGAGCCGGAGCCCGUCCAGGAUGUUAUUAACCACCCACUGAAAGAACGCCCGCAGCUCGUCGCUCCCGAACCCGAGCAUUGCCCCGGGCCCGAGUCCGAAACGGCCGGCAAAGCAGACUCGUGUGCUGGGUGUCCCAACCAGGCUAUAUGCGCAAGCGCACCCAAAGGACCCGACCCGGAUCUCCCCCUAGUCGCAGCACGGCUUACCGGAGUGAAGCAUAAGAUUCUCGUGCUCUCCGGCAAGGGUGGUGUGGGCAAGAGCACGUUCACCAGUUUGCUCGCGCACGCCUUUGCCACGGAUGAGGCGCGUACUAUAGGGAUCAUGGAUACCGAUAUUUGCGGGCCGAGCAUUCCCAAGAUGAUGGGCGUAGAAGAUGAGACUAUUCACAUCAGCAACACUGGCUGGUCACCUGUCUGGGUCUCUGACAAUCUCGGCGUCAUGAGCAUUCAGUUCAUGCUGCCGAACCGUGACGACGCCAUCAUCUGGCGCGGACCUAAGAAGAAUGGCCUCAUCAAGAAGUUCCUCAAAGAGGUUGAGUGGGGCGACAUGGACUUCCUGCUCGUUGACACCCCGCCUGGUACAAGCGACGAGCAUCUCAGCGUCAACAGUCUGCUGAAGGAGAGCGGGAUAGACGGCGCCAUCAUGGUCACAACGCCGCAGGAAGUCUCGCUACUUGAUGUGCGAAAAGAGAUCGAUUUUUGCAGAAAAGCUGGAAUCAAAAUACUAGGUCUAGUAGAAAAUAUGAGCGGCUUCGUGUGUCCCAAAUGCACCCACUCGAGCCAGAUUUUCAAGGCGACCACCGGUGGUGGUGCGGCAUUAGCAAAAGAGAUGGGCAUACCAUUUCUAGGCGAGGUACCCCUGGACCCAAGGAUAGGGAUGGCCUGCGACUAUGGCGAGAGCUUCUUCGAUCAUUAUCCAGACAGUCCGGCGUGCAAAGCGCUCAGACAUGUUGUCAAGGGGCUGGCUAAGGAGAUUGGCGAAGAAGUUCUACUUGAUGACUAAAAAAUCUCAUGAACAAAAAAAGAAUUUUGACAACCAAGUUGCAACAAGAAAUCUAUUUCCCGGGCGUGCGUGUUAAUAGCACCUGGGUAACAGCUUGUUCAAUCACCAUUCAUCAUUGAUGAGAAUUGGCGUCGACUAGAUUUCAAGGCAGGUAGAUCUACAUUGGCUGCUUGCUCUUCAAAGACAGCCCAC